AAAUAUUAGUAAAACGUCACGUGCACUUUCUCCGCCCCCUGCAGCGUGUCGAGUUUCUAUGGUCACGGCGGGCGCGCUGCCUGGAGCUCGUCACAGUGAGGGUCGGUGGUGCGCGUGAACAACAUGUUUAACAGUCGUCCGUUUGAGGAGGACCCGUUCUUCUCAGAUCCAUUCCAGGUACAUCAUGAGCGCAUGCGGCAGAUGAUAAGGAGUUUUCCAGACCCGUUCUCACAGAGCUUCAUGCCCCGUAUAACAGAUGGGCGACACAGGGCUCACAGAGGCGAGGUUCAGGCCAACACCACUCAGGCCCUUCGACCAAAUGACCAAGAGGUGGAUUUCUUCAGCAAUCCUUUCUCUUUGAUGGACAGCAUGAGGAACAGAAUGGAAAAGAUGCACAGAAAUAUUGGGGACAUAACAUCAGACUCCAACAGUCACUCAAUGUCCACCUCAUCUGUCAUGACGUACAGUAAGGUGGGAGAUGAACCUGCUAAAGUCUUCCAGGCAUCUUCUCAGACGCGCUGUGCUCCUGGAGGCAUAAAAGAGACCAGGAAAAGUCUGAAGGACUCUGACAGUGGACUGGAGAAGAUGUCCAUCGGCCAUCACAUCCAGGACAGAGGCCAUGUCAUUGAGAGAAAGGAGAACAGGAAGACAGGAGAGAGAGAACUCAACCAGGACUUUCAGAACAUGGAUGAGACUGAGGCACAGUCCUUCGAUGAGGAAUGGCAGCGGGAAGUGUCGAGAUUUCAGGUGUCGGCCCCCAUGGCCUGCCUGCAGGCACCCAGACACAGAGCGGUACACAGAGCAGCCAUUACAGGUCCACAAGAGACACACAGAGAGAAGCUCAACAUCACAGGAUCCAGUCUGAAGAAGCAAUAAAACUCUUAAUCUGUCUGUCAAUUACUUCACAGACUCAGAUUUACUCUGUUUGUCUUUACUCAUUAAAAAGAUUUUAAUAGAGAAAUGUUUUACUAUGAAAUUUCUUCUUUACAUAUAUUUGGAUGAAAUAAAGCAAGACAAAUUCUCUAAUGCACUUAAGAAUGUUGUGAAUGUGUUUAUUUGACAAUAAUCACUGUACACUCUCUGUACAGUUUUUUGUUUUGCAAGGAUUUGUCUUUUGAUAUAUUUGUGUUUUUGUUUGUUGACUCUGUGUAAUGGUGUUAUGUUCUUUGCUUUUCAGCAGAUCUGUGUUUAAGCUCACCAGCAUUUCUUACAUGUAAAUUAUUUAACAAAUAAUAAAGACUUUGCUGAGCUUUGACUCA